AUGGACUCCUUUGCCUUCAACGAUGCCUCCUUCGGCCUUGGAAAACACUACGGAUUCGCCGACGAAGUAACGACACAGGCAUUGCAGACGAGCUCUGAAAACGUGACCAGCCCUUUAACGAGCUCAGACACGGCUACUUUCAACUACAACGUGUUCUUUGGAGAGGACGCCUUCAAAGAUGGCUCGUACAACACUUCUGAGACCAAGAUUGAGAAAGACCAGCCUCUAAAAUCAAUUGAAGAUGAAAUAGAAGCUGCAGCAUCGGUUGCAACCAGUGGGGAUCAGAAUGACAGAGGUCAUUCAACCACCGCUGUUACAACAUCUUUGAGCGGCUGCGAUGAAACCCAGUCUAGUUCGGUCACAGCUAUCUUUUCAGAGAGUGGUAUGAAAGAUGGCUCAAUUGACACGACCAUGUACAUCCCAACAGGUAUUGAGGCUAUCUUUGAAGAAAAAAGCUAUAUAGAAACGGAAUUGGAAGACGUGGGCGGCUUUCCGCAGCUUGACGGCCCGUUUCUGCAGCCUAACCAGCAACUGAAUGGGAUGCCAGGCACUAUCACGCAAAUCCAGCAAAAAUUAUUUCAUUCAGUCACUCCAGAAUCUACUUCUCACCUUCAGUUACCGGAAAUGGCAUACAACAGACGACGGUCUCAGACAGUGCCUCCGGAGUUUGACUCAGGCACGUACUUUCAACGACCCACAUGUACUGGCAGAAACAUUUCGCAAGGCCGAUAUUCCCAAAGGCCUUUUGGCCAGAGCGUCUCUUCUCUACCUAACCAGAACGUGGUAUUCAGUAACAGAAUUAACAGAAGGUUCCCUGACGAUCCCAUACAAACAAGUGCACCGCGUUCACAUCCAGUUACAUCUCCACCUUGUCAAACUGCCUCGACGACAGUGCAGCAAGAGUUUAUUCCAACAGCCUCGCGCCCUCAGUCUCUCGAUCCAGAAGUGCGCUUGAGUUUGCUCCGUCGCACCCGUGACAUGUCUCCUGAUCGUAGCCGCAAGAUUAAGCGACAAAAGCAGAACCGAACAAUCAUUCCGCCAGCCGUGCACACGUAUGUACAGUCCUUGUCCCCCAAUGUGGACAUGGCAUCGUAUGGGAUAAAUCAAGCUAUGACAGCUGUGGAGUUUCUGCUGAGGGACAUGGCAGAAAAAAUUAAGUAUGCAAAGGAUGAAGAGAUUGAGAAAGAACGAAGUCAAGCGCGAGCGUUUAAUUCUACAAUCACAUCUGUUAAGACUCCUCUCGCGUCGAUGGCCUCAAAGAGGUCCCCGCCCUUUGAGGUACCUAAAACAGGCGAGGAAAUCAGGGAGCUGAACACGCAACGUAUACAGGCAUUGCUUGACUUCUUCGACAUACCAUUUGUUACCACGAUGUUUCUUCACGACAAGAAGCUGCUGUACCUGAACUUCCUAGGCGCCAAUGGCACACUGAAGCACCUGGUUCUGGAUUGA